UCAACGAUCAGUCUGAUGGCAACCGUUGAGGAGUAAAGUAAAUCUUUGUACCAACCGGAGGACAUCUUACGAAUUCCAUAGAAUCCCGAUAAGGAGCCUUCGUUAGAAGAACUCGAUCCUGCGGAGUUAUAAGGAUUCAAUCGAUCCCUCUCAUUGGAAAUUAAACGAGAUCAGAAUUUUUCAUUUGAGUUCCGUGUUAUUCCACCGGCUCGUACGUCUUCUCCGUCCAAUCGAGCUUUCAACCCUUUGUUCGAGAUCAACCCUCGGCUCUUCGGGUCCUCGUCGAAAACGGUGUAUACUUCGGCACGAUUUAUUCGACGAUCUUCUGCGAUCACCGUCGGUGAUACGUUGUGAUUCACAUGCUCGCCAUCACACGUGUACGAGCUUUCCACAGGGUAAUUGAUCGAUUUAGCGACGCGUGCAACCGCUUGCUAUCGCAACGAGCGACGAUUCUUCGGGAAUUGUCCUUUUGACGUCAGUGCAAGUAAUUCACCGAUUUUCUCGUCGUUUCAACACUUGAGUUUUUAUUCUUAUUCUAAUAACUUGUUAUGAAUGGACUGUGAUCGUUGUUACGGGUGUGCAUGAAGAUUUUUGAACAGGUGUUAUCAUUCAGUGUUGUUUUUACCAUUGAUAAUUAAUAAAUAAGUCGUUUAUUUGUAGGAAGGAUAAAACUAAUUAGCCUUUCAGACAAAUUACUUUUCUUCCUUUUCACAAUCGAUCGUUAAAAGUUCAUUUAACAAUGACUUGCACUCUCGUGUAUUAAUUAGUCACUUGCUAAUCAACGUUUCAACACUGUCAGAAUUUGUAGAAUCAUCGUGUAAAUCAUUUCUCACUUUCGAUAGUAGAGUUCCUCGAGAAGGGGUUGAUUAAACGCGAUGGAUUGACCCUCACAGAUCCACGAAGGUGGGUCAAAGUUGUUGAUCCGCCACGGUUAUAGAGAGCACACAGGUUCAAGUGACAAGUUCGUCAACGAGGCCUGCUGACCCAGAUUCACGGAUAUCUGGCUCAAUUUCACCGAGCGUGGGGUGAUUCGUGUGACGUUCGAUGGAUCACUCGCCUCCCCAAACUGGGACGAUCUAAUCGGGCUAAUCGAAUUAAAUCUCUAUCGAUUGGACGAGUUUUCCCGUUGAAUAAUCAUCGAUCUCAUUGAUUGGAUUAUCUAGCAGCGUUAUUACCUGCGAUUCUUCAUCCCUGUUCGUUCCGAUCAAUCAUCUUGCAGCUAUUAAUUACUCUUAGACGUUGAAUUUCGAAUUAUUUCAAUGACUUCCGAAUGAAUUCAUUAUUUCUCGAAACUGCAAAAAUUAUUUCUUGUAUUUUUGCAUUCCACGAUUCGCACAAGGUAAUUGUCGAAAACGAUCCUCCAUCGAAUUCUUCAUUAAUUCACGAAGGUUACUUUUCGAUUCAUUGAAAAUCAUUUGGUAGCGGAUAACGAGAGCCAGGGAUUAGCAAGGACGUUCAACGCUCUCGUAUCGUUGCGCCUAGUCGGUGAAACCGAUGAAACUGAGUCCGAUUUCUUUCGCGAUUUCGAUGCGUCAGUGGGAAGGACAACCGGUAAGGAGCCUUCGACGUUUUGGUCUUUGUUCCUUAUCUUCUUUGCGACCUUACCGUAAUACCGUCCUUGGAGGAAUCUUUGGUAACGAUGGCUGAGAAAGUGCUGUGAAGUUCCAGGGAUUGAACGACGUUUGUAUAUUUUUUGCAGAAUUUUCAGAAAUUCAUUUUUUAAUAAAAUCGAAGUAUAAUGCGUGCAUCGAAGUGAAAAAGAAUGUACAGAAAGGUGAAAUGUUAAUUUAUCUUCUUUCAUCCGUGCCGCAACAUAGUCCUUGCAACGUGCUAAUUUCUACAAAUUAACAAUGCUCGCCGUGGUUCUGCUAUUAAUACCAAUCUUGUGGGGGGAUGAAACCGAGGCCAGCGUUCUCGUGGCGGACAACACCAUGUCCAGAAUGGUGGAACUGAACGCAGUGCCUCCAUUCUGUGCCUUGUACACCGAUCGUGGGGUCAUACAGAAGAUGGUCCUAGGUGCUGAUCCCAGGAAGGUGAUGCAAGUGUCCAGCAAACUCGUCACUGACCUCGAGAAGACCUGCAAGGCCUCUUACGAUAAAGGAAAAAAUCAACCACCAGGAGGUGGUCUGAUAUAUCCAGGAACCAAAUGGUGUGGACCAGGUACCUUGGCCAAAUCGUACGACGAGCUGGGUCAACACGCAGCAGAGGACGCCUGUUGCAGAGAACACGACCAUUGUCCAUAUGUGAUAUCACCGCAAGAAUGCAUCCAUGGUAUAUGCAACAACUCACCGUUCACGCGAUCCCAUUGCGACUGCGACGCGAAGUUCCGUCGAUGUCUGCAGAAUCUUAAUACGGAAGUGGCGAACACCCUGGGUGCCCUCUUCUUCAACGUCAUACAAGUGACUUGCUUCAAAGAACGACGUCCUUGCUCCCAAUGGCAAAGCUGUCCCAUGUACUGGGAACAUUCUUCGCGGUAUGAGAUCAACAAAUCGCCUCGGGACUAUUAUGCCCACAAGAUUCUCUUCUUCAAGAUGUUCCUGCAGGCGAUGCGUGAGAUUCUCAGGAAGAAAGAACAAUUUCUUCGUGGCUACGCAAAUGGCUAUGCGGAAUCUGAGUCGAAUCGACUCUGCUCCCAGUACAAAUUCCGGCCCAGUGACAAGUACGUCCCGUUGAUGCCGUUGAACAUCAACUAGCUAUUGCGAAAACGCAAGAAGAGCGGACCAGACAGUCUUUGAAAAAGUUGCCAGUUAACAGAGUUCCAAUGAGCGAGAUAAUUGCACGCGAAGGCCAUGUUCUUCGUGGACUGUCUUCGUUUAAGAUUAUGGUUCGUUCGAAACACAAAGAGUUUUUUAAACGUUACUUACAGCGUCAGCAGGUUAUUUACAAAGCUUAAUGAACGCAAUGGAACCAUCUAUAAUUGCUCAUUUUAAUAUUCUUUAAUCAUAGUAGAAAAAAUAACGAUGGUUCAAGUACUCUAUGAAAGUACUCUUUUGAGCUUUUAUAAAAAUUGAAUUAUAUCUUUAUAUCAUUCUUAAGACAAUCUUAUCUGGACCGCUGAUUUGUUGGAAAUCUCCAAAAAAAUGCGUGCAAUUAAAUAAAGUUACCAUUGCUGCUCAAUAUUACUCUUUAACAUAUAGGCGACUUUAAAUAAUAGUGGUGUAGGUAUUUAAUCUUCUAAUGAUAUUAUAUCGUUCGCAUUGAUUAUAGAUUUUAAAAUAAGGCAAUCUUUUUCUCUUCCUGUGAGCAAAGAUGAACCAAAGAUUAGGAAGGAAAAGAGAACGAUGCUUAAAGAUUGCAAUUAUACAAACUGCGACGAAAGAAGGUUUUACUGAUAUUACUAAAAGGAGGUUCGCGUUUCUUGCAUAUCAUUGAUAAUGACAUUCUUCCUAUUCAAUUAUUGCAAAAGUAGCACUAAUGGAACAAUGAAUUUCCUAAUUAUAAAACAUCUCUAGUUUUCGUUUGAAAAUUCCACCAAUCUCGUAUUUAAACUGAAAUUAAUGCCACUUUUGCAAUGGUUUAAUAGCUUUACAAAGUACCAACGAAUUACAAAGGUUUACGACUUUCUAUUUUCCUCGAUAGCUCAGAUAUUUAAAUAUUUGCAUUCUAAUGUCGUUCGUAGAUUUCAAUGCAAAUUAGAUUAACUCACAGACGUUGUAAUUUUAUUGGAAAAACAUUGCUCAAAGUAUUAUAACACAGGAUAAGGUGUAUAAUGUAUCAAGAAAUUUCAAGUUCAACUUACAUGUACCUAAUAAUGCAACGUCUGCUUCUGAAACGAGUUCAAAGACCUAUUAUGCAAAAUUAUUCAAGAUCAUCGUAGGUAAACGUAACACGCGAUGAUGCAACAUCUAACGCAGAUCUAAUCAAUUCUAAGAUGAAUUAAUUCAACUUUCCAAUUUAUAUACAGGUAUUUUGAAAUCGUUUCACCAUAACAGGUUGCUGAACUUAAGAUGAUGUUGACCAUGAAAUACGUUUAACACCUUCGAAUCUCUCAUUAAUGAAAAAACAAUUUUUUCAAUAUUCAAUUAACGACCAUCUUUUAUGGUUGAUCGAUUAUUUUGAGCAGUGUUGAAGAAGAAAAAUUGUGAGAAAAAAUUACAACGACCUUGCACAAUGUUUACCGUGAUUGAUAUUAUUCAGAUAUAAGCUUGAUGCAAUUUUAUGGUAAUAAUAAGAGACAUGUACAAAUGACCCGUCCGUUAUUUCUGGUCCACGAAUCGAAACGAUUGAUGUGGCCAGAAAAGAACCGGAAGUCGAGGACGUUCUUGAAUUAUCCGGAAUUUUAGACGCCUCGAGAAGGUCAGCCGGGAAAGAGUGCAAUUGAUUAAAUUUUAUCGCACAACGAUAUCAGCAAUACCUCAGUAGGAUUUUAUUUCCUGAAGACCUUCGAUCUAUUAUAAUUAAUGAUACGGUAUAAUCUUGAAAAUUUGAAUAAAUUAGAAAAACAUGACUUUAGUUCUAGGAAAAGUUAUAGUUGUAAGGUAAAGUUGUUCUAAUAGUAGGAUCCAUUAUUUAAAUGGCACAAUACUCUUUCCUUUAGUCCCAUAAAGUAUUAUUACAUGUAGAGAAAUAGGGUUUAAAUAAUAUAUUAUUUAUUCUAUUAGUGAGUUCUGUGGGUUUGGAACUGGUGUCUAGAGUUAGAUAAUAAAUCAGAUUUUCAAGAUUGGGCUGUAUAGAAAAGUGUGAAAGGAAUGUAUAUUUCUAUGUAUACGAAUCUAAUUAAUUUCUUAUCACUAAGUAUAAUAUUAUAGCGUUCUAUAUUUUUAAUGUUUGCAUGAAAUAAUAUCGCUUGUAUUAAAUGUAUAUUUGAAUCUAAUGUAGGAUUUUACAGAUUGUAUUUAUAUUAUUAAACGUAAAGUUUAUGGUGAUACUCAAUAUUGGAGAAACAACUAUUAAUUUUGCACAAUUUUUAAUAAAUAUAUUUAUCUCGAAUAGCUUUUAAUCUUGUAUAAAGCAAAAGAGCUUAUAUCAAUAAUAAUAUUAGAAAACACCAUACUACUCUAAAUUAUUUAAUGCAACAGGCUGAAAAUAUUGUUUAAAUCUUGUUUUUCGAUUCAAUAUCCGCGCGUAUUUUUUAAAUAAUAUUAGCAGCACCAUCUGGAGGUGCGCGAAAAAAUUAGUCAAAUCGAAAAUCACGUUUCUUUUCAACAUAAGCAAUUUCUGAACAUUACUGAUGCAUUUAUAUAAUUCUAUGACCAAAGCUUAAUUGAAAUUAAUUGAUAUUUCAAGAGUUAUAUUCGAAAAUUGAUAAAAUUGCUUCGAACAAAUUAUGAAAUGCUAUAGUCAUCUACUGGUCAAAGCCCCGAACUAAAUCUGAUUGAAUUUUAAGAUUUUCGAAUUUGACGACCUGUUAUAUUUAAAAAGACGUUCUAUAUUGAUAAUAUGUUUUAUAUAAUGUAUUAAUAAUAUGCUUUACGAAGCCUUAAAGGAUUGUAAAAGUGAGAUACUGAAAGAAAAAGAGCAAGAUGUUUCAUUGAUUUUCCCGCCAACCACUAGAUGACAGUAGUGUUACCAUUUCUAAGACGCGCGUUAAUAUAAAAUUUAGAGGAGGUUCAAAAAUAAAGAUUGCACAAUGCCUUUAAUAUUAUUGGAACUAAU